AUGGAGCUACUCUGGGCUCUCUUCCUUGGGGUCGUAGGCGUUGCAGCAACUGCUUUUGCCUUGCUGUUCUCCUGGGCAGUUUAUUAUGAUUUCUCCAGGACCCGCGUUCCCCCUGGACUUGCCCAUCCAUGGAAGCUUCGGUUGAUUCACUGGGUCUUCAUUAUGAUCAUCACUGCGGGGGAGAUCUGUGAACUUCUAGGCCUCUGCAGACAGGUUGCUGUCGUCCGCUUUAUUACAGAACUCAGGAGGACAAGGUUGGAUCCCAGCCUCUUCUCUAAGGAUCUGCACUUCGAUGGGGUGCCUGUUCGGGUUUACUACCCUAAAGCACCAUCUGCUGGCCUCAGAAGGGGGUUGGUCUUCUGCCAUGGAGGAUCUGGUAUGUUUGGAAGCAUCGCUCUUUAUCAAAACAUUUGCAACGUAAUUGCCAAGGAGGCCGAUUUAGUUCUCGUGUCUGUUGGCUAUCGCCUGGCUCCCGAGCAUCCGUACCCCACUCAGUACCAAGACUGCCUCACUGCCACACUGUACUUCCUGCAAAACACAAAUGCCUAUGGGGUAGAUCCUUCCCAGGUCAUCAUCGGCGGGGACAGCGCUGGAGGCAAUUUUGCUUCUGUGGUCACCCAGAAGCUAGUGGGGAGAACAGACGUCCCCAAGCUACGUGCUCAAGUGCUGAUCUAUUCCGGCUUGCAGGCAAUGGACUUCAACUUGCCUUCCUAUCAGCAGAACUCUGCGAUUCCAUCCUUGUACCGAGACAGUGUCAUCUGUUUUGGAACGAAGUAUUUUGGGAAGAGCACUUCUCUGUGUGACGACAUCCUGAAGGGCUCCCAUGUGCCCGAUGAGAUGAGGCUGAAAUAUGGGAAGUGGGUCAGUGCGGACAAUAUUCCGGAAAGGUUUAAGCGUCGAGGCUACCAACAAGUACCCCUCGCCCCUUAUAAGCCUGAAGUGUACCGGCAGUUUCCAGAGUUAUUGGAAGUCACAUUUUCCUCACUUUUCACUGAAGACUCUGUGAUCCGGCAGCUGCCGGAGACGUUAAUUGUGAGCUGCGAAUAUGACGUCUUGCGGGACGAUUCGCUCCUCUACAAGAAACGGCUGGAGGACAGUGGCGUGAGAGUCAGUUGGUUCCAUGCCGAAUAUGGUGUUCAUGGAGUGUUGAACACGUGCAAUGCUGGCUUUCUUACAUUUUCCACUGCAAUAGAAAUAUUGGACAAAGUUGUAGACUUUGUCAAAAGUUUAUGA